GUGAAGCAAGCUAUUAAUAUGAAUCACAUAAUAACCGAGACUGGACUGUCGUAGCUUGAUAUCAUAUAUCUUGAUUUGAUAAAAAAGCGUCUCAAUAUAAUGUCUCCUCUAACUUGGUUCAUUGGAGAGUCGUUUGAAUUAUCACAACAGAAUGGGGAUUUGGACAGGAAUAGUUGUAUUUUGCCUGAUAUUUGCUUCUUACGCUAAUGCGGACUGCGAUACCGAUGUGGACGACUAUAUCAAUGGGUUGAGCGGCGUUGACCCUUCCAAACUUCAAUUGUGGUCUCUGGAAAUGUUCGAUUCAUCGACUAAAUUCAUGACUGACGGCUACAUGGAACUUGCAUUUCUCUAUCAGCUUGCCAAUUUUGACCAGUGCGUGGCAAUAAAUGGGCCAGCCGGGCCAAAUGGAGGACCACCGAGAUUCACUGGCCAGUACUGUCAGUUCGCCGUAGGACUUCAGCUACCUCCAAAUGCUAGUUUUACUAGGAACAUUCAAUUCCAACAGAAUGUGCAAAGGAUGACAAAUUUUCGCACUGGAAGAACAAUGACUGAGCCUUUGGUUUUGCCCACGUUGUGGGGAGUGUGCGUGCCUUCGUCUUGUGGCUUGGAAGGCGCCAAGCGCGUUGCCGACUUUAAUACGCGGUUCUUUGCAGCAUCCUAUGGUCUGAUAGCAAAUACGACAAUGUGGGAAGACACUUGUUACCAUGAAAAUGAUGGAACCUAUGUGAUUGAUGCAGCGUCCUGGUGUUUCAUAGCAUUCGUCGCUAUUUUAAUCUGUCUGAUAUGCGUAUCUACUCUUUUGGAAUUGCGACAUCCUACUCAUCAAUAUUCAGGCUGGAAAUCUAUUUUCAACGCGUUUUCCCUCAAGCAAACCCUGUUCAAGGAUUUAUUGAGACUUCCCAAGGCCCACGUACCAGGUCAGUUGGGAUGCUUGCACGGCAUGAGGACCCUGUCAAUGAUGUGGAUUGUCUUGUGUCAUACAUAUUCCAUUGCUGGAGGCCUGCCUGUUCAAAAUUAUGUUUCAUAUGGAGAGGAGUUCUCGCAUCAAUGGUUCAUGGCUCCCAUUCUCAAUGGCUACAUGGCAGUGGACACUUUCUUCCUGCUAAGUGGUCUGCUUACUGUGUAUAUUCCAAUGAUGGACUUGGCGAAAGGAAGGAAAUUCAACGUGUUUAAAUACUACCUCUACAGAUACUUGAGGAUAUCUAUUCCACUGGCAGUGGCUAUCUGGUUUACUUCUACAGUGAGCAUAUACUCAGGGAAAGGGCCGCUCUGGUUCGUUAGCUUCCGCUACGCUCUAGGCAUUUGCCAGGAAAAUUGGUGGGCAAAUCUUCUCUACAUUUCAAAUUACUUUUUUGAAUAUUGCAUGGGGCACACCUGGUAUCUAUGCGUGGACAUGCAGCUUGCUCUUUUGGCCCCAUUAAUUAUUUAUCCACUUAUGAAGUGGCCCAAAGUUGGGCUAGGUGCAAUUUGCAUUCUGACGCUGGGCUCAAUUGCUGCCAUUUUUGCUGUGACCUACACCGAGAAUUUGCCAUGGACUAUGGUGUUCCUUGGAGUGGAAACUGAUGUCAUUGAUCGCUAUUGGGACAUCAUGUAUGAAAACACUCCGAUGAGGGCGUCCCCAUAUCUUAUUGGAAUGGCCCUUGGCUAUUUCUUGAGCAAGAAAACUCGCGUGCCUUUGCCAAGGUGGAGUGUUGCCCUCGGAUGGCUCGUCAGCACGGCUCUUGCCCUUGCAGUGAUAUUUCUAAUUCUUAUACCGUACUCGGAAGGCUUUGUACAAAAUGCACUGGAAGCUGCAUUCUAUUCGAGCCUGCACAAACCUGCAUGGGCAAUAAGUCUCUCCUGGAUAAUUUGGGCCUGUGUAAACGGAUACGGAGGAAUUGUGGAUAAAAUCCUUUCGUGGAAAUAUUUCGUCCCAGCAAGCAAACUAACGUUUUGUUGCUAUUUGACGCACUUAUUAGCAAUGAACGUGUACGCGGGACUUCGUAGAACCCCCUACUUUGUGUCGCAUUUCGAAAAUUUGUACCUCUUAGGCUCCUUCAUAAUAUUGACUUUCCCGUACACUAUCAUACUUUACCUGGUAGUAGAAGCACCAUCAAUGAAUUUAAUGCGUUUAGCUUUCAAGAAACAAAAGAGUGCAGAUCCCGCUACAAGCCGGAUUGAGAAAAUUCUUGGAAAGAAAGCUUGAUAAUGGUUUCGGAAGUUCCAGUAUCAUGCAAUCUAAUCAACUUGCAAUGAUUUUAAUUGAAAAUAAAAUACCAGACGUUAAAUUAAUAUCCUCGACCGACUAAUUA